CACUUAAACUACAGAAGACGUUGACACACGUAUCGCGUGGGCACCUGCUCCUCCAAGGCUUUUCAUCACUGUUCCAUCACAUCAAAAGCAGAAGUGAGGGGCUGAGGGCCACGCCCACAGAGAAGGGUCAUAUAGAGACAGAGCUCACAGACCCCGGAGGAGAGGCCAGCAGAUGAUUAGCCGAAGUGACCUGCAAGAACCUGCAGAUGCAUCAUGGAGAAAAAAAUUUCCAACGUGCAAAAGGAGAUGCAUAAAAUCCAGCAGCAAGGCAGCUUCCCAGCCGAGGUGUUUAAUAGUGGGAUGGCUCCCAGUAACCGGGAAAUGAUAGUCCAGUGUGACCUUGAAGAACAAGCUGGAAGACAGACCCCCCAGAAAGCAGGUCAGGGGACAGCACGUUGCAAUCUCUAUAUCUUGGGCACCAUCUGUGUGGUGCUGCUGAUCGCUGGGGUGUGUGCAGGGACAUCAAUGUGGAAAAAUAUCAGCUCCAAAAUUGAGGAACAAAUGAACAACCUGAAAAACCUUCAGCAGUUUGUAUUCGAGAUUACAAGAUGGAGGCAGUUUGGCAGCAAAUUCUACUACUUUUCCGAGACUAAAUCCACCUGGGAGAAGGCAAGAGAGCAGUGUGUAGCCAUGGGCGCUACUCUCGCUAUGGUGAAAACAAGGGAAGAGAUGGAAUUCCUUGCAAGAGUAAAUACUGGACGUCACUGGCUGGGACUGAGUGACACUGGUGCUGAGGGAACCUGGAAGUGGUUGGACGGUACUUUUCCUGCCAAAGAGCUGUGGCUUCCAGGUGAGCCAAAUAAUGAUCGUGAGGAAAACUGUGGCGAGAUGCGCGGACAGCUGAAUGAUGCUCCGUGUAACAUCCAGAAACCCUGGAUCUGUGAAAGGAGUGCAGUAAUAUAGGAUACCCAGCAUGCAUGUCACCGUAUGAAAUGCAAACUGAAUGAGACCCCCAGAGUUCUUUCCAUUCGUUGUUUUUUUUUUGUUUUACUGAUGAACGCUUAGUGAAUUUCAUUUAUGUAUUUUCAUUUAAUCUGUCACCAUACUGCUUCUUCUCACACCACUGGCUACAGCUAAGCUUGCACAGAGUGGAGUUAGAGGAGGACCUUUCACAUGCAGGGUAUGACGUGUCGUUUUACAGGCACCUGAUAAACCAGCAUGGAUCAGAAGAGAGUGAUAAAAUGUGGGCACUUAACCAAUUGAACCUUUCUAUACCCUGGGCAAUGAAAUCACCAAUUGUGCAUCUCCCUAUGGAGAUAAAGUACAGAGUCAGCAUUGAAACUCAUGAUGAAUUUGUCAACAUAUGCAUAUUUAUAAAAAUACUUACUCCAUGUUUGUCCUAUC